AUGACAGGUGUUGUCCGUUCCACGACUUGUGACCCUUCUGAUCCGGAAUGGGCGGUGCAUUUGAUAAGUCCGGCACCUAUCCUCGAUGGUGAGCAGGUCCGAGCAGCCUGUUUGGUACCAAGCUCUCUUCCCCGCUUGUCGAGUGCUUCAGAGGCUCCGUGGUUGGUGCCCAUAGAUGCCGGCCUUGCAAGGCAUCAGGAUUUGGACCUUCAGCAGAUCUUCGAUCGCCAGAUGAGUUCGUGGUUCAUUUGCGGGAGUCUGGCGCAGCUAGCGCCAGGUCUCAACAGGCAGGUUGCCGAAGUCGACGUGCGUCCGUUGUUUUGGAACGUUUGCAGCGAUUACCAUGCUGCGGAUGUCAUGCUGUGUCUUGUCUUCCCGGAUCCUACCAUUGGCCACCGAGUCCUGAAAAGCUGCACGUCUUUGAGUGUGGUCAAGGGCCCCAUAGAGGAUAUGAACACCGUGAGAGCAAGCAAGGAUGCCAUGUACACAUUGAAGACCUGGGCGACCCAGCUGGACGUGACACGUGUGGACGAUUCCAUGAACUGUUAUGGCAAGAUCGUGGCCGUACACCAGCAGAUGCAGAAAGAGUUGCAGAAAUCCGCACAAGACAUGCCGGGCUCCAGUGGCUUCUUGGCCGAAAACCUGGAGAAACUGCAUCGGUCGUCGUACCUCGAGCGCUCCACGAUUGCUGAGGGUGUUGCUACAAGAUGCACCAUUAGCGGCCUACCCGUUUUGGCACUGCCCGAUGAGUUGACCAGCACGGGCAACACACCUAUGCAAGCCUCCUUGGAAAGCUUUUUCGAAGAAUACCAGGACAAGAUCGUGUCAGAGGACAAGCAGCACCUCGAGGCCGCCUUGAGAUACAUCGACAUGGGGCAGACCAUGGAUUCAAAUCCAGAGGAUGACCACAGACUGCUUUGUGACUACCACAGUGCGGUCGGUCGGCUGUGUCCUCUGGAUGAUGUCAUGGUGGGGAGCCAGCUGAAUCGUGUGCGAGACCUGGGCUCCAUCAUUACCGCCUUCCCUCUCAAUCGGCCAGGAGAGAGUGGGCAGCAGGUGAGAUACAUUUCCAUGGGCCCUGGAGUUGUUGCUGAGAAUGCCACUGACGGCAAGACAUAUCGGUUUAUUCAGAAUGUGGAAGUCCAUGAUCCAUACUCAGAAUUAGACAAGCUGUGCAGCUUCUUUGAAGAGAUGGGGAUACCUUGGAUCGAGGACCAGGGCCAGAGGAAGGCUAGGGUGGUGGACCUCUACAUGAACAACCAACGCCUGUAUGAGGAGGUGAACCUAUCAUUGUGGACGGACGAUGAAGUCCUGCUGCCGCGGCUUGCUCCCUACAUCCGAGCGUUGCGAAGUCUGUUUGAAAGGCCCCAACAGGAUGAGAUUGAAGGCUUCGAGUUCUUUGGUGAAGCAGGCCAAGUCGUUGAGCGGCGAAUGCAGUUGGAUGAGGACCAGAUUAACUUGUACUUGCUGGAAGAGAGAGUUUGCUGGCCACACUUCGCGCUGGCGAGAGUCAUGGACCUGCAGAAGGUGAAACUGAAAGAUCUGAAAAAUGAGGACCUUUCGGCCGAGUCAGCCCGUGAAGCGACAGCCGUGCGUGUUCACUUUGACGGGGAUCUGCCGAAUGCAGGGUAUGUUCCAGCAGUGGUCGGCGCCCUGUCGCGCAAGCAGCACCCUCACGAAAGAGUUGUGAUGUUUCCGCCACAUUGCAUGUUCCGCAUAGAAAACGUCGACGGUUGCAAGACCUACGAUGAUCCAAAUAAAUGGACCAUUAAUCUGGCUCUGGACAGCGUCCCAUCAGUAUGGAAGCUUAUUCGCGAGAAGGACUGGCAGCGCUUUAAAGAGUGGGCAGAUGCGCAUCCACAGCUUGUCAACAGCCACGGGAGCUUGCGAUCGGUCAUUUGCGAAGUGGCACGAAGCUUGGCCUCAGAGACUCGACAGUUGGACGAGGAUCCUGUGGAGAUGUGCCUGAGCCGUGGUGCCCAAGCCAACGAGGUCGACGACGAUGGUAAGACUGCGCUGUCGAUUCUGGCCUCCGAAGCUCCAAGGCAAAUUCGUGCAAAAGACACCAAUGCCGGGUCAGCGGUUGUCAGGCUCUUGGAGUUUGGCGCUCAUUCUGUCGAAGGUGUUGAUGUAUCGAGCAUUGACUUCAGCUACCGCCACGUAAAUUGGCAGUAUUGGCACGACAAGGUGCAGGAAAAUGGGAAAACGAGCGGAUGGUAUCCCUUCAGCCGCCCAGCAUCAGACACACUGGAGAGCAAGUAUCAGGCCUGGCUGCUGCGUGGCGAGCUUGGUGCGGCAAGUGAUUGUAACGUCCGGAGUGGCGAGCACGAAUAUCGUGUGUGGUUCAAGGAGAUGAAGCAGCAAAAAUCUGGAUCUGGCAAAGAGCGACGAGUUCGCAGGGCCCCAAAAGGUCUUGACGAGGGUGAGGACUUCCAGGUCAAGGCUGAUUUCGAGUCCAUGCUCCGGGUGCUUCAGAUUUCGCUGUGUGAAGGAACGCAAGAGGCCGCAGAAAGGCUUCAACAUGACGUUUCGGAUCCUGGCUUGAAGCAGGCUUUGGAAGCAAUAGCUGAAGCCUCGGAUGACGAUGAAGAAGCACUUAAGGACGGAAUACAGCAGUUUGAUGAUGCUUUAGCACAGCACGUCAGCGCUUCCAGCGCUGCAGCUGACGGCGGCGAGCACGGUUCUACUCAACAUGCCCAUGCGAUGGAGGAAAGGCGCACUGAAGAGUUGCAAAGCUUUCGGAGGACCGCGAAAAGCCUUCAUGCGUCUCUUGUUAUGGGCUGGGAGGACAGAGGAGAGGCUCGCAAGCUGAUCAGAGCCGUGGAAGAUGACCCCAAUGCGCGUCUUGAGAAAAACUUCCUAGCCGAAUCGCAGAUGACUGUGUCGAACGUUGAGGUUUUCGACAACGGCGGCAAGUUGAACGCUGCCUUCCGGGUGACACUGUCCUGGCAGAACUCUAGUCCAGGUGUUCCGACCGAUCUGGAUAUGCAUAUGAAGUGUCCAGACUGCGAGAAAGAAGUGUACUUUAGCCACAAGGAAUGCGGGUGUGCAGAAGAGCAGAGGAGGUUGUGGCUGGAUGUAGAUAUGCGGGGCGAGAAAAACGAUUCCACGGAGAACAUGACAGUUGACCAGCCAAGUGCGAAAGGCUACGAGUGUCGCGUCCGGCUGUUUUCGGGCCAGCCAGUGCCUUUUACGGUCUUGGUUCGAAGAGCUGGCUACCCAGAUCGUGAAUACAAACUGGGACCUCACAAGACUUGUCACAAGAAGGGAGAGAUGAGGAUAUUUUCGGCUUGGAUGGAUCAGAAAGGCGACCUGCAAUUGAAGUCGGAUGAUAUUCCCUUUCAGGAGCAGCGAUUGGAACCUCUGCCACCUCAGGAAACAUCAUCUUCUGCGGCCGUGCGUCCUGUGCGCCGUCGAAGCUCCCAACUCGUCAAACCCCCAGGACAACGCAGUCAUCUUCUGAUUUCAGGGCGCUUUAACAGCGAGGAAAAGAUUGAGUACAUGAAGCGUGUGAAAGAGCUACUGGAUGAUCAAGGCGUGCCCACCUUCAUGGUAGAAGCCCAGGGGGCAGGGGACACGUUUGGUGACAAGACCGUGCUGGGUCUGUAUCAAGCCAAAGCACUGGUGGCCUUCUGCACAGCCGACUAUGGUGCGAAAACCGGUGCUCAGUACGAGACGUAUGUGGAGUUGCAGUACGCGCAUCAGGAGAAACUUCCGAUAAUUCCGGUUCAAAUCUGCGACACCUUCCCGCCAAAGCCGGAUGAUCUGGAAGGUCAAGCUCAGAACCAUUUCGUUUUCCGCAGCGACAUCAUACGCAUUAUGGAUGUUGGAAUGUCCAACCCAUCCAAAGUUGCAAGUGACAUCCACCAGGACGAAACGCCCACUGACGAGCUGUCCAAAGGUUUCAAGAAGCGCAGCGUGCUGUGGUUCGGCGCAGCUAUGUAUGACCAAGGAUCCAAAGGAAAGACUGACAUGCGCAGGAAGAUUGAUACGGCCCGCAUUCGUGUUCGAGCCAAGUGCCAAGUCAACGGGAUCAAACGGCUAGUCCUCGUCAUCCUGCCAAGCUCAAGCUGCGUCCGCGUCGAGCACGGGAGGCUCGGCAGGCGGAAGGAGCCCCAGAGGGACAUCGCCCUCCAGCCCGUGCCCGAGAAGGUUGCAUUUCCAAGUGGCAGGGAUAGCAAUGUGGCUGUUGCUUGUCCAUCAUUUUUUGCUCAUGCUCGUUUAGACACGAGAGGCUCGACGGAAGAGUCGCGGACAUACUUCCGAUCGUCCGCUCAGCUUUCGGAUUACGAUGCGCACAUUCGCGCCACCGCUGCAGAGCUCGGAGUGGAAGUGGAACAUUUGCAGACGAACGACCUGGACGAGUGCAUCAGGCUACUGUCCGGCACCGAUGCUAACGCCAUUGUCAUCAAUCCCGCAGGCUUCGGCAAGGAGCCGGCCCUGGUGGAGUGCAUCGCUGCGCUCAGGAAACCGGUAUUCGAAGUCCACUACGGCAACUUCUUCGCCAAGGGCGCGACAUCUCUGGUAACGGCUGCUUGUAACGGGCUCAUCUGUGGCGCCAAGCUGAGCUCCUACUCUGCGGGCAUGUGCUUCGCCGGCUUUUGGGUUGUUGGGUGGUUUCUUCGGAGCUGUGAGGACAAUGAAGAUAGGGACGGUCGACGGUCAGGGGACUGCAUCAUAAAUUUCACGUAUGUGAUUCUGCUGACUUCGAAGUCGGAGGCUGAGAAUCCGGACGUGGGUGCACCAAAGAGGAAAUCAGAGGCUGUGGCCCUCGUUUACUUGACUGACUCUGCUCGCAGCAACCGCUCGAACUACACCGCACUCACCUGGGAGGAGGAUGAGAAGCAGAAGAGCGGGACAGCCUUUGAGAUCGAGGAGCGAGACGGAGCGGAUCAGGCGCAGACGGCUCCAAGUCCGACUGUCAGCAACCUCCAGCCGUUUCCUGUCCAUUAUGUGCCGCCCUCGCAGCGCUCGACUCCCGCGCCGUCGUACGUACCCUCCGUCUCCUCGUACGUGGCCGGUGCGCCCCAAAGCCCAGCAUCGCAGACAACGUGGAUCUCCUCCCGUGGUCACAGCUUUGGGCACGGCUCUCCGAGCCAGCCACGACUUGAGAUGGUGAAGCAGAAGCCCUUCUGGCUCGUGGAACUCAAGGAUCGCAUCUGGCCGGAGAUCUCUCGGUAUAUGGGCCAGGAGAUCGUUGGGAACUUCCAGGCCGCCGGUGCUCCGAAUCGGGAGAAGACCCUCCAGGACAUGGUCCAGAAGCUGGAAUCGAAGCCUUUGCAGCUGCCCAUUGAGUCCAGCUGGACGAACUUCUUGAUGAACCUGGUCUGGCCAGUUAUUGGCCCAGAGGUCUCCGCUGCCAUGAAGGACAUCAUCGCUCCAAAGCUUCACAACAAGUUGUCCUUUCUCGCCCCGAUUACCGUGGAGGUAGACCUGGGAACGGUGCCCCCAGAGUUCGGCGAGGUGGAAGUUCUCGAGGAUACAGAGAUGGGCUCCUUCAUGGACUUGAAGCUGCACCUACACUGGCACGCAAAGCCCAAGAUUGUGGUGACUUGCAAACUGGGCACCGUCGAGCUUACAACCAUGCAGUUGGGCUGUACUUUCUAUUUCGGCUUCCACAACAAGGUCCCAGAGCCGCCGUUCUUCGACGCGGUCUGCAUGUACAUGGGCAAUGCCUUUAUGCAUGCUCGAGACGUCCUCGGCACAGAUCUAGCCAUGGACGAUCCCUACCUUGGCAUGGACUUCACCCAUGGAUGGACUGGCCUCGAUUCCAGAUUUGUCGAAGAUGCCAUCGUUGGUGCUGUCAACGGCACCUUCGGACCAUGGAUGGUGCUGCCCCAGCGCGUGGUGAUGCCGAUGCGUGAAUUCCCGUUCAGCUUCGACCUUGGGAACCCGAUGCCGAAAGGCUGCUUGAAGCUCACCGUGAAAGGAGCCAAUGGCCUGGUCGGCACGGAGUGGAAGAUGGCGUCAAUCCUCACUGGCAGCAGGUCGAACGACCCGUACGUUACUGUCGACCUCGGGGGAACCGCCGAGCGAACCCUCAGGACUCCGACGUGCUACAACACGCUUGAGCCUGCGUGGAAGGACCACAACUCGUUCUUCUUCGUCAUCGAUGCCUUGCGAAUACAGCACUUCAAUUUCCGCAUCUGGGACGACGGAUUUAUGCAGCAGCUGCGAGAGCAGCAUCUGGGUGUGGCCAGUGAAGGGGAUGAGAUGGCACGAAAGCUGGGAGUGCGCGUUCUGGACCUCUUCGGUGUCCAGUCAUUGGACUACUUUGACCGCGAGCGGGAGGUCGAGCGCACCUGCGAGCUGGAGCAGGGGUGGCCAGGCAAAGAGCACCCGGACCCGGAAAACGGGGGCAAGGCUAUGCUUGAGCUCGGCCUGCAGUGGAGACCUAUCUCGCAAUCCGUCUCAGCUCAGCUGCCUCCGGAUGUUUUUCUGGACGACGAGGAAGGAAGCGAAGAAGAAGAGGAAGAGGUCCGCUGGCCUCUGUUCGUCCUGCGCGUGGGCGUGCAGCAUCUGGAGAUGCGACGCUGGGCCUGCUCUGGAGAUCAGGGAGUGCAGUUAGUAAGGGUAUAUGUAGCGGUGGAGUGGGAAAUCUCUUCUUCAGGGCUCAGGUCGCCAAAUCACAGCUUUCUACAGCGACGCUUAGGAGGCUUGGGAUUUCCACUGGUCGUUCCCAAAGCCACGCAGUGUGCAAAUUUGCAGAAUGAUUGA